AUGCCAGACCUCGCCGUCAAGCCUGCGGUCGCGCGCUCCCUCGCCACAUGGCACCGCAUGAUCGCGACCGACGACAUGUCCGACCUCGAGAGUAUCGUGCAUCCCGACGCCGUGUUCCGCUCCCCCAUGGCAUUCACGCCUUACGAGUCCCGCGCGGCGGUCACAAUGUUCCUCCGGACCGUCCUCACUGUCUUCAAGGACUUCAAGUACCACCGCACCCUCGCUAGUGCCGACGGACUGAGCGUGGUCCUCGAGUUUAGCGCUAGCGUCAACGGCAAGAAGCUCAAGGGUAUCGAUCUCGUCAAGUUUGACGAGGAUGGGUUGAUUCGCGAGUUCGAAGUCAUGGUGCGCCCGUUUAGCGGGUUGCAGGAGCUCGGCAGCGAGAUGGGCAAGCGGGUCAAGGACAAGAUCCCGCAGUUCAAGGGCAAGCUUUAG